AAUGGACACAAUAGAACACGCCAUGAUGCUCACGUUGCCUCCAUAUUAUUAUAAUCCAUGGAUCCAUUCAUCAUCGUCUUCCUAUAGUUUAUUCACUUGCCUGCUGAGACUUCGGUUUCAGUCUCCUCAUAGUCUUGUUUCGCUCGUUCCAUUCUCUCCCCCGCUGCUGCCUCCAUCUCCGAUCUUCAUUGAAAUCUCUCAUUUAAUCUAUGCAUCGGGAUUGGAGUCGGAAUCGUAUGCCAGUGCAAGCCGGAAAGAAGCUCGAAAUCGGCCGGAAACGCCGCCAGAUCUUCUCCGGUUGAUUGUCGGGCCUGGGGACUCUGCGCCGAUUGUCGCUGAUUGGGGGAAUUGACAGCGCUGGUGGAUAUGGCGACGCCUGGGAAUCCGGAUCCUCCCCUCGAUAUGGUUAAUUUAUUCAAACCUUCUAGUGUGCCACCACCGGCGACCUCCACGCCGGCGUCUAACCCCAACCAUCUCGGAUUCACAGGUAAUGUUGGGAGCGGUAAUAUUAGCCCUAAUUUGGUAUCUUCGCCGUUCCCGCCUCUUUCAGCCUCCUCUUAUCCUCCGCCAACCGGCGGGGCCGGCGGUCCCUACUCCUAUCCGCCCCAAACAUCAUCUCCCUUCCAUUACCACCACCCGUACACUCCUUUCGUCAAUCCGUCGCCGCCACCUCCACCUCCGGAAUUGGUUAAUGUGCACCCUCAGAGGUCCCUGUCAUAUCCUACUCCACCGGUCCAACCUCAAUUGCAAAUAGCUUCUUCACAGCACCAGCGUUUGUCUGCUCCUGAAAACCCUAAUAAGUCUGGUGCUCGUUUAAUGGCUCUUCUGAGUGCUCCAUCAUCAACGCUGGAGUCUGUGAUGCGGAUGCCAAGUAGUAAACUUCCUAAGGGACGUCAUCUGACUGGGGAUCAUAUUGUUUAUGAUAUAGAUGUUAGAUUACCUGGUGAGGUGCAGCCUCAGCUCGAGGUUACACCUAUUACAAAAUAUGGCUCUGAUCCCGAACUUCUGGUGGGUAGACAAAUUGCUGUGAAUAAGACUUAUAUAUGUUAUGGGCUCAAGUUGGGGACUAUUCGGGUGCUCAAUAUAAACACUGCAUCGAGGGAAUUGCUCAAGGGUCUUUCGGAGAGGGUCACCGACAUGGCUUUCUUUGCUGAGGAUGUUCACCUUCUGGCUAGUGUCAGUAUGGAUGGUCGGGUUUAUGUUUGGAGGAUUACUGAAGUUUUGGAUAAAGAAGACAAUCCCCAAAUUUCUGGAGGGAUUGUUAUGGCCAUUCAAAUCACUGGGGAGGGGGGACCUCUCCAUCCUAAAGUUUGUUGGCAUUGCCAUAAACAAGAAGUUCUGGUGGUCGGAAUUGGGAAAUAUAUUUUGAAGAUUGACACCACAAAAGUUGGAAAAAAUGUAAAAUUCUCAGCAGAUGAACCCCUCAAAUGUUCAAUUGAAAAGUUGAUUGAUGGGAUACAACUUGUUGGCAGCCAUGAUGGAGAUGUAACUGAUCUGUCUAUGUGCCAAUGGAUGACCACCCGCCUAGCAUCUGCUUCUGUGGAUGGAAUGAUAAAAAUUUGGGAGGAUCGGAACAGAUCACCUAUUGCUGUUCUUCGUCCUUAUGAUAACCAAGCUGUUAGCUCUGUCUGUUUUGUGGCAUCACCCCAUCGACCUGAUCAUAUCAUACUUAUCACUGGGGGUCCACUGAAUCGUGAAAUGAAAAUAUGGGUAUCAGCAAGUGAAGAAGGCUGGUUGCUUCCUAGUGAUGCAGAAUCAUGGCAUUGCACUCAGACAUUGGAAUUGAAAAGUUCUGAGUCUCAUGUGGCAGAAGCUUUCUUCAAUCAAGUAGUAGCCUUGUCACAAGCUGGACUUCUUUUAUUGGCUAAUGCCCAGAGGAAUGCAAUAUAUGCAGUGCACUUGCAAUAUGGUCCAAACCCAGCCGCAACCCGCAUGGAUUAUAUAGCAGAGUUUACUGUCACGAUGCCAAUACUAAGUUUUACGGGAACAAGUGAAUUUUUGCCACAUGGUGAUCAAAUAGUUCAGGUAUAUUGUGUCCAGACACAGGCUAUUCAGCAGUAUGCCUUAGACUUAUCUCUGUGUCUGCCAUCGCCUUUGGAGAAUGUGGUCCGGGAGAAGUCAGACUCUAGUGUUUCACGAGAUACUGAAGGACCGAGCAGUUUUGAGCCUUCUGGCAGUCAGCAAUCAGAGAUAUUGAUAUCUAGUUCAGCCCACAAGGUAUCCAGACAGGAAAGUGGAGUGGAGAAUCCCCCUACAUUGAGAUAUCCUGUUACCCUUUCUUUGUCCGAGUCACCAAUGCUUCAGGAGCUUGCAUCCUCAAUUAUCGAAACCAGAUCAAAUCAUCUGUCCAGAAUUACAAAUAUUAGCGAUAUAUCAGCUCCACCACCUUUGAGCCCUCGAUCGUCCAGAACACACUCUGGUCUUCGAAGCUUGUCAGGCAUCUCUGGCCCUUCAGUAAAUAACCAUUACUCUGAACAGAAAAUCACCGAGUAUUCUGUUGAGAGGCAAAUGGCUUCUCCUCGUACAAACUUAUCUAAUGUUACUUCAUUGGAUGGUGAUUCCAGAAAUGAUGAUAACCUACUUUCCACUGACAAUAUUUCUAUGGCGCUCAAUCACCCAAUUCAAUUUAAACAUCCUACACAUUUGGUGACUCCUUCUGAGAUAUUGAUGAGCAGAUCAUCAUCUGUAGUCAACCAAGCAAACACACCCCAAAAUGACAGCGAAUUAACUUUCCAAGAUGUGGGAAUAAGCAAUGAUGAGGUCGAUGUUAAAGUUGUGGGUGAAUCACGAUAUAAUGAAACUGAUGGCUUUGGAUCUGAAAGAGAUAUUCAGACCUUUAUGUCAGUGAAUAAAGAAAAUUCCUUCUGCUCUCAAACUUCUGAUCUUGGAAUGGAAAUGGCUCAAGAAAGUCAUGGCACAUCUUCUGUAUCAUAUGUCAUGGAGGAGACUAGGCAGUUUAGCAGGACCAGUGGAAUGGAAACAGGAUUUCAACCUUCAUCUAUAGUAGAAAGGGUACUUGACUUUGCUAAGGAUAUUAAUCAGAAGGCUUCCGAUUCCUCAACACGUAAGGAAAUUCCACAGCCAGGAGGAGAUAUAGAAGUUAAAAAACAGAAGGGAAAGAGUGCUCAAGGAUCUGGCCUGUCCUCACCAUCACCUAGUGCUUUCAAGCCAACCAAUUCUUAUGGUCGACCAAUUGUAUCCUCCAGUAAUGUUCCAGUAGAUUCUGCAGUUUCUCCAAAUUUUUCCAUGCAAGACAUGCUGAAUCAGCUUAUUAUAACGCAAAAAGAAAUGGAGAGGCAGAUGGCUAUGAUGGCUGCUGUUCCAGUCACCAACGAAAUCCAAAGACUUGAGGCUGCCUUGGGAAAGAGCAUGGAGAAUGCUGUCAAAGCCAAUUUUGAUGCUCUGUGGGUUCGUAUUCAAGAAGAGAAUGCAAAACAGGAAAAGGAAGCAUUGGAGCAGAUGCAGCAACUUACAAACAUGGUGCACAACCUCUUUAACAAAGAUUUACCGGCUCUAAUGGAGAAAAUUGUCAAGAGAGAAAUUAAUACACUUGGGCAAUCAGUGGCACGAAUAAUAACUCCAGCUAUUGAAAAAGCAAUAUCCACCAGUAUCACAGAGACCUUCCAGAAAGGGAUUGGAGAUAAAGUUGUGAAUCAAUUGGAUAAAUCGGUCAGCUCCAAACUCGAAGCCACUGUUGCUAGGCAUAUCCAAGCUCAAUUUCAGACUUGUGGAAAGCAAGCCCUUCAGGAGACCUUGAAAUUUGGCUUAGAAGCUUCCGUGAUCCCUGCAUUUGAGAUGUCAUGCAGAACCAUGUUUGAGCAGAUUGACGCUGCCUUUCAGAAAGGAAUGCUCAACCAUACAGCAGCAGCUCAACAACAAUUCGAGGCAUCACAUACACCAUUGGCCCUUGCACUUGGGGACGCCAUAAAGUCUGCUUCAUCAAUGGCUCAAACUUUAAGUGGUGAAUUGCGAGACGGCCAAAGAAACUUGUUAGCACUUGCUGCUUCUGCAUCAAAUCUCAAUGCGCAGCCAAAUUCAUUAAUAAAUCAACUGAGCAAUGGACCUUUAGGUGGCCUUCAUGAGAUUAAGCUCGAGGUACCUCUUGACCCAACAAAGGAGCUAUCCAGAUUGAUAGCCGAGCACAAAUUCGAGGAAGCCUUUAUUGCUGCCCUGCAAAGAAGUGAUGUUGCAAUCGUGUCAUGGUUGUGUUCUCAGGUUGACUUGCCCCGGAUUCUGUCGAUGAAUCCUCUCCCUUUGAGUCAAGGGGUGCUACUAUCUCUUCUACAGCAGCUCGCUUGUGAUAUCGGCAAAGACACCCCUCAGAAACUAUCAUUGAUGAGGGAGGUUCUAUCCGUCCUCAAUACUUCUGACCCUGUCAUUGUAGUGCAUGUUCACCCAAUAUUCGAACAAGUGUAUCGAAUACUUAGUCACCAUCGCAACCUUCAGGCCACAAGCAGCGCCGAGGCGUCCCAUAUCCGGUUGAUCAUGCACGUGAUCAAUUCCAUGCUUAUGAGCCCCAAAUGAUCUUCUUACCCUUGGGAAUAAUAGUGAGACAUGGAAAAGAAAUGCCAUUGCCUCCUACAUAGGGCUAGAAGAAUUGCACAAAUUUUUUGGAUAUUUUUUGGCAAGUUGAGAGAAAUACUAUGCAAUUUUGUAUGGAUGGGUUGGAACGUUUUUGACAUUUCUAUGUUUUGAUUUAUAUUUACAGGGUCAGUGUCAGCAGCUGUGCACAACUCAUAUUUUAAAUUAUUAUCCAUUAUUAUUAUUAAA